AUGUUCUCUUCGGCGCUUCCCGUUACCGUCUCCCUCGCCCUCGCCGGCCAGUCCCUCGCAGCUACCUAUAAGCUCGCUCACUCGACGGAAGGCAAUGCUUUCUUGACCGACUUCAAUGUUAUCAGCGAGCCCGAUCCAACCGCCGGUCUUGUCGAGUAUGUUACACUCGCAGAUGCGCAGAGCUUGGGUCUCGUCUCCGUAGUCGACGGGAACUUCCGUACAAAGGCCGACGACACAACCGUUCUCACUGGCGGUGCCGGUCGCAAGUCCGUGCGUAUGGAGUCGAUCGCUACAUACGACACACAUGUCACAGUUUGGAACGUCAAUCACAUGCCCACAGGAUGUGGAACUUGGCCAGCCUUAUGGGAGUAUGGAGCCAACUGGCCAUACACUGGCGAGGUUGACAUCUUGGAAGGGGUGAAUGACCAGGGUCCCAACUCCAUGACUUUACACACGGGUCCCAGCUGCACGAUGCCUACUUCGCAGACCAUGCUCGGUACAUUCAAAGCUGGCGAGACGAACUGUGAUUCGUCUCCGACUGGCCCGGGCACCGGCUGUAGUGUCUCCUCGGGCGUGUCCAAGUCGUAUGGCGCCGACUUCAACGCCAACGGCGGUGGAUUCUUCGGCAUGGAGCGCACGGCGGAUUUUGUCAAGGUUUGGUUCUGGCCUAGGGGCGCCACCACCCCCUCUGAUGUUAGCGGAGGUGCUGACUCUGUGAACACGGACAAUUGGGGCACACCUGACUCUUACUUCCCCAACACGAGCUGCGAUAUUGACGCUGAAUUCGGUCCCCAUUGGCUGACUAUUGACUUGACGUUCUGCGGCUCUUGGGCUGGUCUCUCCGAUGUCUACGCUGCAUCUGGAUGCCCUAGCACCUGUAACGACUACGUUAGCAAUAACCCGUCGGCGUUCUCGGAUGCAUACUUCGAGCUGCCUUGGGUCAAGGUGUAUCAGUAA